CUGACCGUCCAUAGCAACAUUAUGCCACCCACGAUGAAGAAAGAGCAACUCAAUCUAUGGCAUUUGGUCACCAUCCCCCUAUAAAUAGCAACCCCACAUACACCUCUCCCACCACCCAUCAAACACCUCCUCAAUCCUUUCCUUUACCUCACUUUCUGCACACUCGUUUCAAAACAUACACUCAAACACCACCACCAGAUAUCCAUAUGGCUGAAGAGAAGCGCCACCAUGGCCUCUUCCACCACCACAAGGAUGAUGAAGAGAAGCCCGUUGAUAAUGUCUACUCCGAGACUGGUAAUUACUCCACUGAUGGCCCUGGUGGCUAUAACCGUCCUGAGACCACUGAUUACUCCGGUUCUGACCGCCCCGGUGGCUACUCCGACACCACUGCUUACUCUGGUGAUCGCCCUGGUGGCUUCAACGAGACCAAUGCUUACUCUGGUGAUCGCCCUGGUGGCUUCAACGAGACCAAUGCUUACUCUGGUGAUCGCCCUGGUGGCUUCAACGAGACCAAUGCUUACUCCGGCGAUCGUCCAGGUGGCUACAGUGAGACCACUGCUUACACCGAUUCUGAUCGCCCGGGUGGGUACAAGGACACCACUGACUAUCCCGAUUCUGAUCGCCCGGCUGGGUACAAGGACACCAACGAGGAAGACGUUGACUACGACAAGGAAAAGAAGCACCACAAGCAUCUCGAGGAGCUUGGCGGGCUCGGUGCUGCCGCCGCUGGUGCUUAUGCCUUGUAUGAGAAGCAUGAGGCAAAGAAAGACCCAGAGAAUGCACACAGGCAUAAGAUAGCAGAGGAGGUUGCAGCAGUGGCUGCAGUUGGAUCUGGUGGAUUUGCCUUCCAUGAGCACCAUGAGAAGAAGGAGGCUAAGGAAGAGGAGGAAGAGGCUCAAGGAAAGAAGCACCACCACCUUUUUGGUUGAAAAAAUAGAAGAAGAAAGGAUCCUUCAUGAUCGAUCUGUUCCUAGUGUCUUCAUGAACUAUAUAUGCGUGUUUUUAAUUAUUUUGUCUUGCAUUUAGAUAUGCCAACCAGUACUAUCUAUCUAUCUAUCAAAAAAAAAAAAAAAGAAGAAGAAGGGGGGAUAUAGCACCAGUGAGCAACUACCCUAAAUAAUACCUGUGAGAGAGGGUGAGUCUGUGAAUGCUUCCUUGGUUGGUAUAUGUACGUUUCCUUUUCAUGAAUUAUGUGUGGGUGUCAUCUGUUUCUUUUUGUAAGUGGGUUUCAUCUGGUUUUCAUAUUAUCUAAUUAAUGUUAAUAAUGACAUGUUUAUUAUCUAAA